AUGUCGUCUACAGAAAAGGAAAACACUACAGAGCCAGUCGACAAAGAAGCCGUCCGCAAGCUGAUCGACGAGCUCGAAGGCAAACUCAAAUCUCUGUACACACUAAGCGACGAGGUCAACAGAGGUAUUCUCGAGAGCGAAGAUGCGCUCAAAAGCCUCCGCGAGAAGCGUGUCAAGCUCAUCACGGCGCGACUAGACCGGAUCUUCCAGCAGUGGAAUAUCGGGCCUCUGACUAGCAACCAUCAACCGUCAACCCAGAAUCAGAGUCAGAGUCAGAAUCAGAAUCAGGGCCCAGGUCCGGGUCUUGGUCAGGUUCCAGGAUCGAGCUUGGCUCAGACUCAAACUGGGAAUAACCAACAAGGGCAAUUUGAAUCGCCAUGGUAG